CGUCAGGAAUUUAUUGAGAAGUCCGUCGACGGAAGUCUCGUGUUUCGUACGGAAGUGACGUAACGUUUGCUAAGGUCACGAGUAGGAUAAUUCACUGUGCUAAAGCAGAUUGAUUUCCCCAAAACCCUCCGGUUCGGAAUCUUCUUCUCAUCAACUUCACAUCUCAGAUGGCAUCGUCAGACACGAGAGGACAGUAGUACAGUAGUACUACAGUGGAUGUUACCCUGACUUUCCGCUCAUCUCUGCGGUCGGACCAUGCGUCACAGUAAGCUGCAGAAACAGGUCCUGGCUCUGUACCGACAGUUCCUCCAGGCCGGACGCGAGAAGCCAGGCUUUGUGCCUCGGAUUCGGGAGGAGUUCAGGGUCAAUGCCCGCAUCAAAAGAACAGACGUGAUGCACAUUGAAUAUCUGUACCGACGAGGACAGAGGCAACUGGAGCAGCUGAGAGAUGUCAACACCAAACAGCUGGGAUCCUUCUCAAAACCUACGGAGAAUAGCUGAUUUUUUUUUUUUUUUUUUUAUUUCAUCUACCUCCUGCAGCAAUAAAGUGUUUCGGUUCAGUGAGACAAACAAAAGACGAUGCCCGGAAAGUGUAAUGUGAUUAUGUUUUUGAUCAUGUAUUAUUAUUAUUAUUAUAUAUUACACCUAUAUAUUACACAUAUUUUUUGAGCUAAAAUUGUUCAUGAUUACUGCCAAAUAGAUUGACUCUGUGUUGUUGUGAAUAAAUCUGCUUCACUUUG